CUGGAACUCGACGUCUCCAUCUCCUAAGCAAGAAUCCGCUGUGGUAACGAAGUCACCAUGAGUCUAUCAAAGCUCGCUCAAUUCGGUGUGAAGCACGUCGCAAAAGGAAUCGGCCGUCUCUCAACAGAAGUCCUCGAGAGCGGUUCCGGAAGCUAUGUCACCGCAGUUGGAGGCCGAAAGAUGCUCGACUUCACUUCAGGAAUUGGCGUCACGAAUCUUGGACAUUGCCAUCCUGCAGUCACGAAAGCUGCUCAGGCUCAAGUCGGGAAGCUAGUCCAUGGACAGGUCAACAUUGCUUUCCAUCAGCCGUACCUCGAGCUGAUCCAGACACUUUUACCCCUCAUGCCUCAUAAGUCACUUGAUACUUUCUUCUUUUGGAAUUCGGGUUCAGAAGCCGUUGAAGCUGCCGUUAAACUCGCUCGACACGCUACAAAGAAACAGAAUGUUAUCGUCAUGCAAGGUUCCUAUCACGGAAGAACUUUUGGAACAAUGGCGAUGACGAGGUCAAAGACGGUGUAUGGAGAGAACUAUGCUCCAUUGAUGCCUGGGGUGUUUGCUGUUCCAUUCCCCUACUGCAAGCAAUGCUCAAUCUCAACUCAUUCGGACGGAAAAUAUGGAUUCGAAAAUUGCUGCAUGGAUCCUGUCUUGCAGCUCGAAUUGCUCCUGAAGCGAGAAACUGCUCCAUCCGAUACAGCCGCCAUCGUUAUUGAGACCGUUCUAGGAGAAGGAGGAUAUGUUCCUCCUCCGCCUGGGUAUCUUGACAAAGUACGGGAGAUUUGCGACAAAAACAACAUUCUCCUGGUCGCCGAUGAAGUUCAAUGCGGAUAUGGUCGGACCGGCAAGAUGUUCGCGAUCGAGCAUUAUGGUGUGCGACCUGAUAUCUUGAUCAUGGCUAAAGGAAUCGCCAACGGAUUCCCCUUGUCUGGUAUCGUGUCAAGGAAGGAGUUGAUGGAUUUGCAGAAACCUGGAUCUAUGGGAGGGACUUAUGGUGGUAAUGCCGUAGCAUGCGCAGCUGCGAUCGCUGUGGCAAAGGCUUUUGAGGAGGAGAAAAUUUUGGAGAAUGUGAAUGCUCGGGGAGAGGAGUUGAGAAGUGCUCUGGAAGCAGCGAGGGACGAUCCUAAGACCUCGAAGAUGAUCUUUGAUGUGAGGGGAUUAGGUUUGAUGCUCGCAUUGGAGUGUACGCCAGGGAAAGGUUAUGCCUCUAAGAUUCAGGCUAAGUGUAUGGAGAAGGAUAUGCUGCUUUUGACGACGUCGAUUUAUGACACCUUGAGAUUCAUCCCGCCAUUGAACAUAACCAAGGAGGACAUGGCGAGAGGCAUUCAGAUCAUAACAGAGGCAAUUGAUGAGGUUGCAGCUGGAGAGGACCCACCGGAGACUAAAACGAAAGGUCAAGCUCUAGAGUAGAGGACUAGAAAACGAAGCACACCGAUCAUCCAUUACAAAUUUGCCAUGUGGAGAAUGAAAACGUGGUAAGCAAGACCCACUUCAGCAACGUCUUUCUUUUUCGGAAUAUUUUGCAUUGCAAUAGCGAUUGGGUCUUCUGAUGAGUGUAUAUACUUCUGUUCGAAAGAAUCACAACCUCCAGAAUUUGUUUCUAUUGGAUGAUGAUUGUAAAUGGCUGUAAAGUCCACAGCGGAGAG